AUGAGCAAAAUCCUUGUCGUUCUUGGUGCUACUGGCCAACAAGGCGGCUCCGUCGCCCAGUUCGUUUUCUCCCACCCUGACCUAUCAACCCGCUUCCGAGUUCGUGGCGUUACACGCGACCCAAGACAACCCGCAGCCGCAGCGCUGCGUGCGAAGGGUGCAGAAAUCGCCCAAGCCAACCUCGAUGACCCCGAAUCUCUCCGCACGGCGUUCAUAGGCGCUCAUACAGUCUUCAUCUCUACGGUCACCACCUACCACAGCGAAACCAAGGAGCGUGAGGUGCGCCAAGGAAAGGCCGCCGCCGACGCUGCGGUUGCUGAGGGGGCGCAGUAUAUCAUCUACAGCACCGAGGUGCACAGUGAGGUCAUCAGCGAGGGGAAGCUUUGUGUGCCGGCGUUUGACGCACGCGGUGAGGUCGAAGCGUAUAUCCGCUCACUCCCUAUCAAGAGCGCAUUUGUGGCGACCGGCUCGUUUAUGCAGAAUUUUGCUGGGGGCGGCAUGUCGCCGCGCAUGGUGGGCACUAAACUCCCUGGGGUUUAUACCAUGGCGAACAUGUGCCCGAGGGACCGGCGGUAUCCGUGGCUUGAUGUGGUCGGGGAUAUGGGGAAAUUUGUUGGGGCGAUCCUGGUGGAGCCGGACAGAUUCGAGGGCAAGCGAUUGUACGCGGCCAGUGGGAUGCAUUCGUUUGCUGAGCUGGCAGAGAAGUUGACGAAGCAUACGGAGAGGAAAGUACGGUAUGUUCAGAUCACAGAUGAGCAGUUUGCGGGGUUUUUGCCGCCAUCGGCAAGGGGACCGGUGGUGAAGAUGUUCAAGUUCUGUACCGAAUAUGGGUAUUACGGUCCACAGACGGAGAGCCUGGUUGAGGAGAUGCGAGAGUUGAUCCCGUACAAGUUGACAACGCUGGAUGAGUUUAUCGCGGCUAAUAUUACAUUGGCAUGA